UAAAUGUCACUUCCUUUACGAUUAGCUCAUUAUGAUUCUGUGAUUUUGACCUGGUUUAUAAAUAAUUGGGUUUGGAAUUUAGUCUUCAUUUAUAAAUCUAUAGCUCUUGUUGCUAGACUAGAUCUAAAAUAUUUAAAAUGGAAUUGCCGAAUCUUGGUGAACAUUGCAAAGAACCAUCUUGCAAGCAACUAGAUUUUCUACCAAUGAAGUGCGAUGCUUGUUCUCAAAUUUUUUGCCGUGAUCACAUCACAUAUGCUAAUCAUAGUUGUCCAGAUGCUUACAAAAAGGACAAUCAAAUUCCUGUCUGUCCAUUAUGUAACUUGCCUUGUCCUUUGAAAAAAGGAGAACUCCCUGAUGUAGUUGUAGGGAGGCACAUAGAAUCAGAUUGCCAAUCAGAUCCAGCUAAAGAAAGAAGAAAGGUUUAUACAAACAAGUGUUCUAAAAAGGGAUGUAAACAAAAAGAGCUUAUUCCAGUCAAGUGUGAAACAUGCCGUCUUAAUUUCUGUUUGAGACACAGACAUGAACAAGAUCAUGACUGUCAAGGUUUUCAGGGAUCAGGAAGGACUGUUAACAAUGCUGGAGCUGCUGCAAUUCUUCGAUCACAGCAAGCUUCUGGAAGCUCGCCUAAAAAAUUUCAAACAAUACCAUCUUCAUCCCAAUCAGGGCAAUCGAAAGGAAGCUCAAAUAACUCAAGGCAACCAUCAACUGUACAAGCUAAUGUAUCAUCUGUUCAGGGAUCAAUGAGUGAAGAUGAAGCCCUGGCUCGUGCAAUACAGUUAUCCAUGAAUAGUCUUUCAGGAGAUGCACAGUUGACUAGAAACAUGACAGAUCAGGAAAGAGAAGAUUUUCUACUUGCUCAAGCUCUGGCUGCCAGUGAGCAGGAAUCUUUAUCGCAGCAGCAGCGUCAACCACAAAGUGUGAGGGCCUAGAUGCAUGUUUCUAUAGAUAAGCUUUGAUUUGGGGCGGAGAGAACCAGAACAGAGACCAGUGUGAACAAGUGUAUGCUCCAGUGACCCUAUAUGUUGUUGUAGAUAGAUAACCUUUGUGUCUUAAUUUCUUAGUGAAACUGCUAUUCUAGGAAUCAGUCCCAAGUUUUCCAUCAUUUAUUCUCCUUGUAAAUUGAACUCUGAAAUGGCAUAAUAAUAAAAAAAAUGAUACAAACAUGCUGUGAUUAAGCUCUUAUUUAAAUUUCUUUUGAGUAUUCCAAGUUAUUUAUGAAUUUUAAAUACAAAUCUUGCUGUACAUAAAUUGAACUUUUUUUUUUCAUCCAUUGUCUAUUGAUAUUAUAUACCACUUGGCAAAGACUUGGAAUUCAUUGUAGCAUUUUUUAUUUUAAAGUAUAUGUUUUCUUGUAGCUGCUCCAAAAAAAUUUUUUUUUAAUUUAUUAUUUAAUUGGAGUACAUCAUUUUACUAAAACAAAUGUAGUUUUAUCAUUAUUUUGACUAUUAUGUUGAUACUUUUUGGAAAUAUGUUGUGAUUACUUGGUUUCAAACAAAUUAGCUGAGAGGAUUUUUAGAUUUUAUAAAGGCAAAAUAGUAUUAGUUUGUUAUAUUAAUCUAAAAAAGUUGGUUAUAGCAAAAAUGCACUACUUGGAGCAUAAUUUGAUUUGAAAUCUAAAUUAAUUUAUGAUGCCAUGUGUUUAAACGCUUUUUUUUUUUUUUUGUAUUGAAAGAAUCACCUAUCGCAUUGAAGUUGGCUUUGUCAUACUAUACUUCUAUUCAGAUCAGUGUCUACCUUUACAUUGUAUCAUAUUGAAGUUGGCUUUGUCAUACUAUACUUCUAUUCAGAUCAGCGUCUACCUUUACAUUGUCUCAUCUUGUAUCAUAUUGAAGUUGGCUUUGUCAUACUAUACUUCUAUUCAGAUCAGCGUCUACCUUUACAUUGUCUCAUCUUGUAUCAUAUUGAAGUUGGCUUUGUCAUACUAUACUUCUAUUCAGAUCAGCGUCUACCUUUACAUUGUCUCAUCUUGUAUCAUAUUGAAGUUGGCUUUGUCAUACUAUACUUCUAUUCAGAUCAGCGUCUACCUUUACAUUGUCUCAUCUUGUAUCAUAUUGAAGUUGGCUUUGUCAUACUAUACUUCUAUUCAGAUCAGCGUCUACCUUUACAUUGUCUCAUCUUGUAUCAUAUAUACUGUGGUAGUUAAGGAUUCUAUUUCCAGUCAUGCAAUGCUAAACUCUCGAUAAAAGUUUAAGAACUUAAAUAACAUUGAUUGGUGUUCUGUAAAUUAAGAAACAUUUUAUGCUGCUGUGCAGUUUUUAAACUUGUUUACUUUUAGCUUCUUCUUUGAUGUGGGUGUUUCCAUUUUUAAGAAUUUGUUUUUAGUACAUGUAUUGAUCAUUAAAAAAAUUUGCCCUUGACCCUAAAGAUUCAAGUAGUAACCCCUACCUCUUGUUUUAAUUAACAUUUGAUUCGAAUUAUUUUUUUUUUGCUUUUGCAACAAGAGUCCAAAGGCUUAGCCAUUCCAUUUAUAUAUAUAUAUAUAUUUGAGUCUUCAUGGCUAUCAAAAAAGGUUUAAAGCGAAGGGGAUGCGAUAGAUUUUUGGAAAUGUUAUUUAUGUAUGGGGAUUGUCAAAAUAAAUAAACUUAUCUGUAGAUAAAUAUUCUGUUAGUUUUUUAAUUAAAGCUUCGCAAAUAUUUUAUCAUUUUAAACUGUAUUUAACUUUUAGUCACUUUAAUAUUUCAAUGGUAUGAUUUAAAGAACUGCAGACAAAAAUAUAUGUGUAUAUAUAUACACACAUACAUAUAUAUAGAUAUAUAAUAUGUCUAUGAUAUGUGGAAGUAUUUUUGUUGCAUUCAUAUUUGAUUAUAAAGUCUUCCGUUAUGAUAGUACGUCUGGGUAUUUUUAUAUUUAUUUGUCACUGUUCAUUUUAAAGUGAUAAGCUCAAUUUAUGUUCUAUUUAUAAAGCUUCAACUAUAUUACGUAGUAUAGAAUGGGUAGGUUUGUCUGAAUGGAAACAUUGUUGUUGUUUUUGUAAGAUUAUUUUUAUGUUUAAAUAUUGUUUCCUCCCUUUUGUUUUUUUUCAAUAAUUGAUUCCUUUAUUUUAAACAGUUGUAAAAAUGUCUCAUGCCUACAAAACAACACACCUAGGACACUAGCAUUGUGUGAAUAUUGAUUUGAAUAGAGCAGUGACAUUUAACUAUGUAGAUAUGGUUUCCACUAACUUAUUGUCUUUUCUUGAGCUCACUAUUUUUGUAUAACAGAUUGCAUGUGAUAUCUGCUAUUGGCUGCUGUUUGGUUGUGAGUCGUAUGUCAUUGAAGUCCAGUAUUCAUAUUCUAGAACAGAAUUUUGAAUCAGGCCAAACAUUUAGACCAGAUCUAUUGGUGCCUUGAAGACGCUUGGACUUGAAGAGUUUAUUGUGAACUAUUUUUACUUUUAAUGUAACUAUUAAAUCUAUUUAACAUUCAUGUUUCAA